CAGAAGAUUAAGAUUUACUAUGUCAAUUGUGAACCAUAUUUAAAAUUAAACUAUUUAAUAAUUCAAGGUAGUGGUACGCAAGGAAACAAAGAUGCGGAGAGCAUUCCAGCGGCUCGACGAGCCCAACAUGAGCGACAGCACCCUGCUGCUCAAGGUCGAGGACCUCAUCUCCAUGGCACUCGGUCCCAAGACUCAAAACUUAGUAAAUUUCAAGCACAUGCAAACAGUGCUAUUUAUGUUGGCCCGACAGCUGCGCAUGCUCGAACAACAAGUUGAAAUCAGAAUCUGUGAGUCUGAAGAAGAAAUAGUUCCUGAAGUGAAGAAAAGCGAGAAAAAGAUGAGGAAAAGAAAGACGCUUCAAGAUCAAACCGGUAAGAAAGAUACAGGUUUUGAUAAAAAAGGAAAGAAACAUAAAGAUACUGAUGAAACCGACGAGGAUACGGAAGUCGCUGGAAGAGGAACUAAGAAGAAAACAGGAAAAAGUGAUGAAAAGCAAAAAAAAGAAACUGAGAAGACACUAGAUAAAGAAAAGAAAGUGGCCGCUAAAGAUAUUAAAUCUAUCGAGAGAGAAAAAUCUCCGGGCGAUAAGAGAACUCCUGCCGAUAAAGAUAUAACUUCCAGCGAUAAAGAAAAACAAACGGGUUACAAAGAAAAAUUACCUGGCGAUAAAAAAGUGCCGGAAGACGAAGGUAAAGUUCCUGGCGAAAAAGAAAGAUUAGCCGCUAUCAAAGAAAAGGCCGACCAAGAAAAGAAAUAUGCGGAAAAAGUUAAGAAACAGAAAAUUAAGGCUGGUAUCUCCGACUCAAGCAUUGAUUACAGAGAUAGAAAAUCUCGGAAAUCAACAGGUCGGGCUCACGUCGGCAACGUGGAGGUGGUGACGCAGGCGGAGUUCGCGGGACUGGAGGCGGCCGUGCGGCAGCUAGAGCAGCUAGCGAGCCACCCGCCCGGCCUCACCAUGCCCGAUAACCAGACGCUGCGCGACGACCUGCUGCAUGGCACCGCCUCCCUCACUGAGGCCAUGCACACAAUGCAGGUGAACGCGCGCGUGCAAGCGGCGGAGGAAGCCAUCGGGCGCAUGGCGGGCCUGCUAACGCAGUUGGCGGCGGCGGGCGCGCUGCCGGCACAGCUCGCGGCCGCCCUGCGUGACGGUCGGCUCGACCUCUCCGCCCCAGGACUUGAGGACUUGCAAAAGAUGUUAUUGAGGCAAAGAAAGGAGACUGCGAGGGCAACGGGGGCGUGGCAGACGGGCCCCACCGGCACGACGUUGGGCACGAUGGAGGGCGAGCGCGCCGUGGAUGCCGCGACAGAGCCCGCCGCCCCGCCCGAGCCUGAGCCGGCGCCGCCGCCUCCCGCGCUGCCCACUGGUCGUCGUGACCCCUCUGCUCCUGUGACUGUCGUGGAAUUCGAUGACAUGGUGACAGCGCUGAAGACGCAGAUGUCAUGCGAAAUCCAGCAGAUAACGUCGAAGGCGAACUCCGCGGCAGACAGUGCCAUCAAGACCGCGCAGUUCGUCGCGGAGAAGUUGGAGCCGGCGAUGGGUAUGGCGGAGCGCAUCAACGUGCUGCGCAUACUGGUGGCAGACUACGCAGACCAGCUCAAUGGUUUCGACGCAGGACUUUCUACACAGAUGCAAGGGUUUCAGGAGCAGAUGAACCAGAUGCGGACGGAGCUGAAAAGCGGACUAGAGCAGUUGGCAGCCGUGAACAACAACUCAGAGGCAACAGCUUUGGCUGAGCUGACGGCGCGGUACGAGGACAUGGUGGUGGGGCUGGACGAUGUGAACACCACGCACCAGGCGCUAUACACCGUGCAGAGCAAGCUCAGUGACGAGCUGCGCAAUUUGGUAGAGAGUGUCGAAAUGCUGCGAGACCAAAAGUCCGAUCGGGACGAGGUUCUGGAUGCGUUGCGGGAUAAGGCGGACAUUUCGCGGUUGGCCGGGUUGUUGACCGAGGAGAAGUUCGCGGAGGCGCACGGGGAGCUCGAGAGGAUGCUCGACAUCUGUCAGGACAAGUUCAAGAGGCAGGACAAGACAUGGAUCAGGGCGCUGGAGGAUAUCGAGAAGGCGCUGGAGAUGAAGGCGGAGCAGACGGAGCUGAUGUCGAGUCGGCAGGACGUGGAGGCGCGCCUGCAGGAGCUGCACGACCUGUUGCAGCGCCUCGAGGAGCAGCUCGGGGACCCGAUAGCGGCGCUGCUGAUGCGGCGACUGGGGCGCGGCGCGGUGUGCGGCGCGUGCGGCACGAGCGCGCUGAUGACGCCGGGCGUGCCCCCGCAGCCCCCCGAGCUGCCCGCGCUGCACACCGCGCGCCGCCCGGUGCCCGCCGCAGACGCCGACUCCACGCAGGUCUGCGUACCGCACCCGCACGUCGAGGACGUCAAGACGCCGGUGCGGUGGUGUGGUGGCGAGCACACGAUCCGCUCGCAGCUGCGCCAGCGCGCCCGGCCCCCGCCGCGCACGCCGCUCACCACGCGGCCCUACAUCGGGGUCGGCUUCGACGGAAGGACGUACCACAUGGAGGAGGAGCUGCAGCCGUGCAUGGAGUGCAACGACCUGUUGGAGCCGCGCAAGGACGCCGCGGGGGGCGAGGGGGGAGCGGGAGACGCCUAGCCCUAGCCCUAGGCCCGCACGCCACGCCCCACCAUACGCCCCGCCAUACGCCCCAACACAAGCAUUGCCUACAAUACUUUCUUACACUUUUAAUCUCUAUUCU